UCUCUCUCUCUCUCUCUCUCUCUCUCUCGAGCGUCUUCACUCGCACUCGUCGUGUAGUGAGGCAGGCAGGAGAGUUCACCCCUGAGGAGAAACAGCAGCUGGACGAGGGGAGAUUUUACAACUUCAUAAUGGAUGGAUUAGGGGCAACGUGCUAAAGUCUCUGUUUGGCUGUUUCUUCAUAACCCAGAUGAGUGUGGGGAUGUCGUGGCUGCUGUGGGUGUGGAGCAGUGUGACAGUCAUGCUGGUGUGCGAUGCCACCUUCUAUGAGACCAUCCAGCAGCACCUGGCGCCACCUGGCACCAACAUCCAAAUCCUUGAAGGAGGGACAUGCGAAGUGAUCGCUGCGCACAGAUGCUGUAACAAAAACAAGAUCGAAGAGCGAUCCCAGACUGUCAAGUGUUCCUGUUUGCCAGGGAAAGUGGCAGGAACUACAAGAAAUAAGCCCUCCUGUGUGGACGCCUCUAUAGUAAUUGGGAAGUGGUGGUGUGAGAUGGAGCCAUGUCUGGAGGGAGAGGAAUGCAAGACUCUGCCAGACAACUCCGGCUGGAUGUGCUACUCUGGGAACAAGAUCAAAACCACCAGGAACACUCAUCCGUACACAUCCUUGUAGCAAUGGGUUCAGUCCAGUGCAAAACUUAAUAAUAAAGGACACAAGAAGAUGAAAAGGUGAAAUAACUUACUUGGACGUACGAGAGCUGACGAACUUUAACCUGGCGUUACAGUAGAGUCUGCUAUUUCAGUAAUCGACCAUCGACUGACUUACAUGGCCAUUUGACAGCCUAAGGAACUCUAUUCGGUCUAUGGACACUUUUUCUUUUGUGAUUCUUUCCUUGUUUCUGCUCAUUUGAACAUUUCAGUUUGUGCUGUAAAUCCUUGGCGAUCUGAGACCCUGUGUUGUUGAGUUCCUGCAAAGCAGCUCUAAAUUGCCCAAUUCGUCCAUGACUUUCCUGGAUGGUCUCUGUUCCCAGAUGUGGCUGGCCUGUGACACUCCUUUACAGUGGUUUAGAGUAUUUACGGGAAGGAAGAGGAAUGAGUGGAUGAUCGCUCUUCAGGCAUCGUUGAGGAACACCCUGCAGAUAGCUGCUGUGACCAUAAUGGAUCGUUAAGAACGGAGGUAACCUGUAACUGGACCUUUCAUAGUUGUUUAACAUCAGAUAUCUGGAAACGUUGUGUUGUUAGUGAGAAGAUGCUGAGAAAAAUGUGUAAAAGACAAAAAUCAAGGCAGUUUGAAAUUGAUGAUAUUACAUUUGUGGUUCGUUAAAUUGUAUUUCUCUCUGAAAACGCAGUUAAACACAGCUUUAAGGACAGUGAAGUAAAAGUGUUUUAAAAGGAUGAGUGCUUGCUUUUCCAUGCCCACUGUCCAUUCACCACUGCUGAAAUUGUAGUAUGUAGACGAUUUGACGGUUUCUGGGGUUCAUUAAACUAAUGAUAAAUUGAUAGAGCAUCAUUCAGACCACACCCGUGAAAGCCUUGGGAAUUAUUAUCAAAGGCGAUGAAGCCUGAUAGAAAUCUGCUGCUGCAUGCAGAUAUAAAAUAUC